CAUCAGUCAGAAUCGGUCCAGAACGUUCCGUCCUCUUCACAGCUCUUUCUCGAUCCCUCCCUUGUUUCCUACUCAAUUACCUUGCUUGUAUAAAUCUCCCCUCCGAUCCCCAUUCACCUUACAUCCUCGAAAAAACAACAAAGCGGCGAAGUUGAACCAAUCAAAACAACAAACUCUUUAUUUUUGUCUUAGUAGCAGUCAAAAUGGCCCUCAGCGUCGCUGCUCGCCCUUUGUGCUCUCCCUGCUCCUCUCUCCUCCUGAAGCAGAGUGUGAGGUCUCCCAGGCACGUAAUUCCCUUCCUCUCGUCGCCAGGACGUAGGAUGUCGCCGAGGCGAUUAGUUCAAGCGGCAGCGGGGUCCGAGAACAAAGACUCGUCGUCGCUGGAGGUCCAGCGCGGGGACAGCGGCAGAACCAUGGAGCGCAGGCCUCGUCGAUCCUCCCUUGACGUCUCGCCUUUCGGGCUAAUUGACCCACUAUCACCGAUGAGAACGAUGCGACAAAUGCUCGAGACAAUGGACCGGAUGUUUGAGGACGCAAUGACAUUCCCAGGCUCAACCCGCAACGGGGCAGGCGAGAUCAGAGCUCCAUGGGACAUAAUGGAGGACGAGAAAGAAGUGAAAAUGAGAUUUGACAUGCCUGGGAUGUCCAAAGAGGAGGUGAAAGUCUCGGUUUAAGAGGAUUGAUG